AGAAGAAUUUCCCGUCAAUCAACAUGACGUCAGGGAUUUGGCCACGCCACGUCGUAGGAGAUAUGUCGCAAAGCACUAGCAGUCUCAACCGACGGUACACAACAGAUUUCACGCUAUGGGUCGUGGCAAGGAUGUUCAGCCAAGCAGCGACAAAGACAACGGUGGCGCUUUAGCAAGAGGACACUCAACGAUGAAAAAUUGCGAAUAUCAACAAAUAGAUCCUCAGGCACUACCGACACCCACACCAACUCCAACACCUCCUUCACAACCCUGUCCCGAGAAGACCAAAAAGCAACAGAGAAAAUGGGAGGUAUUCCCCGGAAAGAAUCGCUUUUACUGUGACGGCAGGAUAAUAGUAUCUCGCCAGAGUGGUGUUCUCCCUUUGACGCUUGGUCUCAUCCUCGUCACCAGUGGAUUAUUCUUCAUAUUUGACUGUCCAUUCCUGGUGAAGCACUUGACCAGUGGCAUUCCAGUGAUCGGGGGCGUGCUGUUUGUGUUUGUGGUCAUCUCCCUGCUCCAGACCAGUUUCACUGACCCCGGGAUUCUGCCCCGGGCAACACCGGAGGAGGCUGCCGACAUCGAGAAACAGAUCGAUAAUCCCGGUGCGUCCUCGUCCUCCACGUAUCGACCUCCACCGCGCACCAAGGAGAUCGUCAUCAACCAGCAGGUGGUCAAGCUCAAGUACUGCUUCACCUGCAAGAUCUUCCGGCCGCCCCGCACCUCCCACUGCAGCCUCUGUGACAACUGCGUGGAGCGGUUUGACCAUCACUGUCCUUGGGUGGGCAACUGCGUGGGCAAGCGUAACUAUCGCUUCUUCUACUGCUUCAUCGUGUCGCUCUCCUUCCUCACCGCCUUCAUCUUCGGCUGUGUGACAACACACCUGGCCUUGCGAUCACGGGGAAGUAAUGGAUUGGUGAAUGCCCUUCAGGAGAGCCCAGCCAGUGCUCUAGAGCUUGUGGUCUGUUUUUUCUCGGUCUGGUCUAUUCUGGGCCUCUCAGGCUUCCAUACAUACCUGGUGGCGUCCAAUCUCACCACCAAUGAAGACAUCAAAGGCUCGUGGUCAGGGAAGAGUGGCUCCGAGGACACUGGGAAUCCUUACAGCUACCACAACAUCUUUAAGAACUGCUGUGUGGUCUUGUGUGGCCCGAUGCCCCCCAGUUUGAUUGACAGGCGAGGGUAUGUGCCUGAGGACUCUCUCCCCAGCGCCACCGUGGAGAUCCAGCUGCCUGCUGCCAAAAAUGACAUCAACGUGACUGCUGAGACCAGUAAAGUCUUACUGGAGCUGGCGUCCCGCUCUCCUCUGCCUUCCUCCUCCACCUCUUCCUCUCCGCUCCCUCAGGGGAAGGCCAAGGGCUCGCUGAAGAACCCCAGCAAGGAUGCCCCCCUGAAGCACCCUGGCAAAAAUGCUCCCCUGAAGCGCUCUGGCAAAGAUGCCCCCCUGAAGCACCCUGGCAAAGAUGCCCCCCUGAAGCACCCUGGCAAAGAUGCCCCCCUGAAGCACCCUGGCAAAGAUGCCCCCCUGAAGCACCCUGGCAAAGAUGCCCCCCUGAAGCACCCUGGCAAAGAUGCCCCCCUGAAGGCCCCCAGCAAAGAUGCCCCUCGGCCUCGCACCAGCUCUGCUCCUGCCCCCCUCGCUGCGCCGGUUCCAGUGUCUGUUCCAGGUCCAGCGUCCAAGCUGCCUCCAGCUCCAGGUCUUCCAGUGGAUCCGGCUCAGGGCAGCACCAGUGCGGGUGGUGGUGGCGGUAGCAGCAGCGUCCUCAACGUCUCCAGCCCUGCUGACAAACGCCGGCCUCGCCACGGCAGCUCUAAGCGGGCGACCUCUUCGCACUCCCACAAGCACGUCCAUACCCACAAGCCUGCCAACGGAACUGCGUCUUCACCCGCGCCUUCACCCGUGCCAGCUCUAGCUCCUGACCUGUCCACCCUGCAGCAGGUGGCUGCCCCCUUCCUCUCCAGCUCCUCCUCCUCCACCCCCGUGGGUCUCAAGCGCAGUAGCAGCAGCAGUGGCAGCCACCGCCGAGAGCGAAGGGACCCCAAGCUCACCUCGCAGCACUGACCAACGGGCAGGAGCAAGGGGGGCACUACCAGGCAGGGCACUCCGACUGGCACAGUGGUAGGUGGCACUUGAGGGGAGGACACUCAGGCAAGUAGUGCUGACCACCUGUGCGACUGACCCUUGCUGCGUCUCCUGCUGGACUUCCAAGCAGGGGGCUGCCUUUCUGGAACUCUUGUGCGUGCUCUCUCUCUCUGCAGAGCAGUGGAUGUUUGGUCUCCAUGGAGAUUUCAGUUAUAUCACAGUAAUAAACUUUAGUGGUGAUGCACUUUUUGUGACUCUGCCUGCUCCAAUGUGAUCUUGCACUUCCCCUGCAAAGCAUGCUGGGAACCCUGAGGCACUCCUGUCCCCUGUGAGACUAUGGGACAAGACACACACUAAAAAACUCACACUAAAAAAUAAGAACACACACACAGCACUAUGUCAGGCUUAAACUGACUGUUCUGAACAGCAAUAAAUGAAUAGUGUUAUGACACUACUCUGCAGGGUAAAGCAUAUCUGUGAAACCACAGGAACAAAAUAAACAAAACAAAAAAACAAAUUGUAUAAUCAUUUUAUAUGAAUUCUAGGCACUCCUGUGGGGAAACGGUGUGCUUUUGACCGGGUUAUCUUUAUGCAACUCUACAUUAUCAUCAUUGCAUGCAUGGAUGCAAACAGAGGACCUGUGGCUCAUCGCACGGUCCUUGUCAUCCCACUUUAGAACCAUGAUCCUGAGUGCAUGAGGUUAUACAAAUGCUUAUUAAAAAGCUACACAAGUAGAAUCCUAAGCUGUGUUUGAUCAUGCGCACCAAAGUACUACCUUAAGUCUCCCAGACUUCCAUGUCUAAGGACUUGCCCCUGCUGGCUACCUAUCUGGUCUUGGUGCACCCAAACCAGAAGUCCUCAGAUGUGCACAGAGAUGUGAAACAAGCGCGUCGUCUUCUGCUUCCCCUUUUGUCUGUUUGUUUUUUGAACAGGAAGUGAUGUAUUUUGUUUUUCAGCCUGUUUUUUCCUCUAGGGCCCCAGGAGGACCUUUUCUCAGAAGCACUUACCCGUGAAGCUCUUAAAACCAUCUUCGUACAGCAAUACAAAAAAACACCAGACCUUUUGUUUUAUUUUCUUGUCACUCACUGACCCGACAAAUCAGACUCAUUGUCAUUUUUUUAUGUGACCAUGCAUCAUUGCAAUGUUGUUAUCGUGUGGUGAUUUGGGGAGGUGGUGAGGUUUGGAAGGUCACUCUGUGGACCACAACGACAAUCUGGGAAUCUUUGUACUUCUUUAUACAACUUGUAUGAAUUUGCCUGAAGCAUUUACCCACAAUGCCCCUUGAGCCUCAGCAGUAUUUUGCACAGGGAAAUGCUAUGAAGCGAUUGGUUGACUGACAGUAGUAGUGUGCCCCUUAGACUACAUAUUGUGUGAAUUCUAGUGCACUGCUUCACGUAGAGCUUGUCACAAUUGAUCUUCCUUGUAGAUCUGUGAAGUCACUCACACCUCUCUUUUGCCAGUCUACUUUCUGUCCUUAUCUUUCGCCCACCAUCUUGGUCUUAUGUGAACAUAUGAUUGUGAACACAUUCAAGGAAUGCACCCCUCCACACACACUGUUUGUCAUAGUUUACUAAAGGGC